AUGGAUGGACAUAGUAGUGGUUGUAGUAGUAGUGGUGGUAGUGGUAGUGGUGUUGGUGGUGGUGGUAGUAGUAGUGGUGGUAGUGGUGUUGGUGGUGGUGGUAGUAGUAGUGGUGGUAGUGGUGUUGGUGGUGGUGUAGUAGUAGUGGUGGUAGUGGUUAGUAGUGGUGGUAGUGGUGGUAGUGGUGUUGGUGGUAGUGGUAGUACUGUUGGUUGUGGUUUUGGUGGUAGUAGUAGACGUAGUGGUGUUAGUGAUGGUGAUGAUGAUGGAAGUAGUGGUGGUAGUGGUAGUAGUAGUAGUGGUGAUGUUGGUGGUGGUAGAGUAGUAGUAGUAGUGGUUAGUGGUGAUGUUGGUGGUAGUAGUAGUAGUAGUAGUAGUAGUAGUAGUAGUAGUAGUAGAGUAGUAGUGGUAGUAGUAGUAGGAGUGGUGGUGUUGGUGAUGGUAGUAGUAGUAGUAGUAGUAGUUGCAUUAUUUUGGGGAGAUAUAUAA